AUGGGGGCUAUGUUUGCUGCCAUGCUGGCUAUGGGUUAUCAUCCUGAUGAAGCGUCCAUUCUCAUGGACCAGGAAUUACCUCAUGUCACACUGGACCAUGGUUACGGCUAUCUGAGUCUCAUUCCAAAUAUCAUUCGAGGGUAUGGAUGGAACCCCGGUGAGAAGCUACUAGAAUGGUUUGGGGCAAAAUUUGAAGCCAAAACCGGUAACAAAGACAUAACCUUCAAAGAGUUGUUUGACAAAUUUGGUAAGGAAUUGUGUGUUGUGAUAUGUAAUGUAAACAGGAUGGAUGCCGAGUAUUGCCACAUGAAAACCACACCCAAUAUGCCAGUGAGGUUGGCAGUCAGAAUGUCAAUGUCAAUCCCAGGUGUUUUCAAAGCUGUCGAAUUAAAGAAUGGCGACAACAUAGACACGUGCGUAGACGGCGGUGUAUUGGCGAAUUUACCCUUGCACUGUUAUGAUGGUUGGUGGCUGUCUAUGAAGAAAGAGGACAGUUUUCUUGCCCGUAUACAACCAUUGAAAGACUUAUUCAAACUGUGGAAACAAGAAGAGCGAUUUGGAAAACACAAUCCUCGUACACUUGGCGUCUUGACGUAUUGCGACACUGACCCAGAGUUAUAUGAAGAGCUCAUGACUGCCGGUGAAUCGAUGCAUGUAGAAAGACCAGACACAAAGUUAGCCAGGAAAAAAACUGAAUCUGAGCAGGAGACUGAGAAAAUAGAAGGAGAAUUCACAAAGAUAGCCACAGCCUUCAGUAAAUUCUUACAAGCUAUAGAUGAAAAUGACCUAGAUAAGAGCGCCACUGUCGACAAAGGAGAGAUGAAGAAACUAUUGAGUGAUAGUAAGACUUUUACAAAGGAGGAUGCCAAGCUAUUAUUUGGUGAUGAUUAUACUUUUGAACACGUUUUUGCUGACUUGGACAGAAAUCAUGAUGGAAAGAUUGACAUGGUAGAAUUGUUGCAAUUUGCCGAACGCAGAGGGAUAGACUUGUACAGCAACUUUAUUAGCUAUGACCGUGUAGCAAUAUCCAAUGUCGGAGAAUUCAUAAGUACAUUAAUUACAACAAUGACGGUGAAUCUCAAACGACUUCAUUAUACGAAGAAAGACAUUGGUCGCACUAUUGCUAUUGAUGUUGACUACCUUGGAACCCUAGACGUGGACAUGGAAUCAGGUGAUAAAGAAUUUGCCAUUAAGCAAGGGGCAGCAUCAACAAGAAACUUCCUACAAAGAUAUAUCAAGAAAAACAAAUUAUCAACGAAAUUGGUUACCCAGUGAAAAAUUAUACACACAAAGGAAUAUACAGCAUCAUAUGGGAUUGGGGGAAGAUUCAGAAAGUAAUAUGAUAAUUUAUGCAGACAAAUAGGGGAAAGUCACAACGUUUUAAAAUAACAGUACAGAUUAAUAACGGUACACUUUUAGAUGGUUAUUAGAGAGUUAUUUGAUUUCCGGGACCAGUAGUUGUCAUGUAAUUG